CACAAAAUUAGUUUCCCCUAAUCUUUCAUCAUCUCUCACCUUUUCUCCAUAAACACAACAAAUCUCCAUGGCUGAGCUCAAAGAAACUUACGCUUGUAUACCUUCCACUGAACGAGGUCGCGGUAUUCUCAUUUCGGGUGACCCGAAAUCCAACUCUAUCCUUUAUUGUAACGGCCGAUCCGUUAUUAUCCGGUACCUCGAUCGCCCCCUCCAAGUUGCAGUUUACGGGGAGCAUGCUUAUCAGGCUACAGUCGCUCGUUAUUCUCCUAAUGGUGAGUGGAUCGCUUCUGCUGACGUUUCAGGUACUGUUCGGAUCUGGGGGACCCAUAAUGACUUCGUUCUUAAGAAAGAGUUUCGGGUCCUAUCGGGUCGGAUCGAUGACCUUCAAUGGUCUCCUGAUGGAAUGCGCAUUGUUGCUUGUGGUGAUGGCAAGGGAAAAUCACUUGUUCGUGCCUUCAUGUGGGACUCGGGAACAAAUGUGGGUGAAUUUGAUGGCCAUUCAAAGAGAGUUUUGAGUUGCGCUUUUAAACCCACAAGACCAUUUCGCAUAGCCACGUGCGGUGAAGACUUCUUGAUGAACUUUUAUGAAGGACCACCAUUUAAAUUCAAGCUGUCUCACAGGGAGCAUUCAAAUUUUGUCAAUUGUUUGAGGUUCUCUCCAGACGGAAGCAAACUUAUCAGUGUAAGCUCUGACAAGAAGGGCAUCAUUUAUGAUGCCAAAACAGGAGAUAUAAUUGGAGAGCUGUCAUCUGAGGAUGGUCAUCAAGGAAGUAUAUAUGCUGUUAGUUGGAGUCCUGAUAGUAAACAGGUGCUCACAGUCUCUGCUGAUAAGUCAGCAAAAAUAUGGGAUAUAUCUGAUGAUGCAAAAGGGAAAGUGAAGAAAACACUGGCUUCUCCUGGUUCUGGUGGAGUUGAGGACAUGCUAGUUGGCUGUCUCUGGCAAAAUGACCAUCUUGUUACUGUUUCUCUUGGUGGAACUAUUUCCAUAUUCUCAGCAAGUGAUCUGGAAAAAUCUCCCGUGUCAUUUUCUGGACACAUGAAAAAUGUUAAUUCCUUAGCUGUCCUCAGAAGCGACCCGAAAAUCAUAUUGUCCACCAGUUAUGAUGGUUUGAUUGUCAAAUGGAUUCAAGGCAUUGGAUAUAGCGGGAAAUUAGACAGAAAGGUGACUUCUCAAAUCAAAUGCUUUGCAAUUGUGGAAGGAGAAAUUGUGUCAUGUGCGUUUGACAACAAGAUCUGGAGAGUAUCUCUGCUUGGAGAUCAAUGCGGAGAUGCAAAUUCUGUAGAUGUUGGCACCCAACCUAAGGACUUAAGCCUUGCCCUUAAUUCUCCUGAAGUAACUUUAGUUUCGUUUGAAACUGGAGUCAUUCUUCUCCGUGGUACAGAAGUGCUGUCAACCAAAAACCUCGGAUUUACGGUGACGGCAUCUGUUAUUUCACCUGAUGGAACUGAAGCAAUAGUGGGUGGUCAGGAUGGUAAACUUCAUUUGUAUUCCAUCACGGGUGAUACUCUCAAUGAAGAGGUUGUCCUUGAAAAACACAGGGGAGCUAUUACUGUUAUUCGGUACUCUCCAGAUGUUUCCAUGUUUGCAUCAGCAGAUGUGAACCGAGAAGCUGUCGUCUGGGAUCGUGCAUCUCGCGAGGUUAAACUUAAGAAUAUGUUAUACCAUACUGCCCGAAUAAAUUGCCUGGAUUGGUCACCUGAUAACACCAUGGUAGCUACUGGAUCUCUAGACACAUGUGUUAUAAUAUAUGACGUCAGCAAGCCAGCAUCGCAUCGAAUCACUAUUAAAGGAGCUCAUUUGGGUGGAGUAUAUGGACUAGCUUUUACUGAUGAACGCAGUAUAGUGAGUUCUGGCGAGGAUGCUUGUGUUCGUGUAUGGGGAAUCACUCCACAGUAACUGAGAUGUUUUGAGUUGACAAGUGUUGAUGAUAAGCAAUUGAGUUGUUCAUAUUUGCACAUUAGGUUAUUUUGAAAAUCAACUGGAAAUGCAGUUUAAACAUUGAAAUGUUGGUUGGCCUCAACUGCGGACAGCUCAUGAAUGGUGCCACUAGUUGUAGUCAUGGUAAUAAGGAACCACCAAGUUAAAGAAUUUUUCCGAAGGGAUGAUCACUUCCCUGUAUCCAAAAGGUACUCUUAUUUUCUAAUAGACGAAAAAAAAAUAAUCAAAAAGUUAAAGUUGGAUUGUUUUCGACAUGGAUAGCAUCAACAUGCUGUGGCGUGGUGUUCGAGUCUUUUGUCCUGGUGCAUCACAAAACCCUUAGCAGCCAUUAUGGUUUUGCUUCUUACAUUUGUACUUAUGCGUUGAUUUUUUUUAUAUAUAAUUUGUCAUUCCUAUUAUAGGUUUUUGGUUACAGUUCCAUGUUUUAGGAUGAUGCAAGUGUGAUCUUAUUGCUCAGGCUUUUUAUAGGGAUUUGCAGUUUUUUUA